AUGAACCUGUACACACCAUCCAAUGGACUGCUUGAGACUCAUGUCACGUGGAAAGACAUCGAAGAAGAUAUGCAAAGGGAAUUAGGAACUGAUGCUUUCUUUGGUCCCAAUAAAAGUGCAACGAAUAUUGGAGAAGGCAACGGUUACAUGUCAAGAAUUGGACUUAUUAAACCAGAUUGGCAGCAAAAAGAUAAGGAACUUCCUGAAAAAUUCGUUGUCAAGAUUGCAUGUCAACUCGCAAUGCAGAAAUUCACCUCAGAACUACCAGAAGGAGCGGACGUAGAGAACUUUUUCGAUUCAUCUGAAUUCAAGGACUCCUGGGAAGACGUUCAGAAGCGGGUUCAUAAUGCAGAAGUAACCGUAUACGACCACCUGAAGAAACUUCCUCUGGGAGAAAUUCCUUGCCCAAAGGAAAUCGGCGAAGGACAAACACGUUUGUUUCUUUAUUACGCCAGGAAAUUCUCGAAAAAUAAUCCUCUCAAGGGAUAUUUGAUCAUGGAGCACUUCGACAAUACAAAACCUGUACACAUGUUUGAGAAUGUUUCUCUGGGAACCAUAGUAGAGAUUCUGCGUGCUGUAGCAACACUGGAAGCUCUUUCCCUAAACUUCACACCAGAAGAGAAAAGUCAAUUCACGGAAAAACCUUUCACGGAAGUUUUUGCGCCAUUCUUUACAGAGGAGAUCUUGGGUAUCGCGGAUCAUCGCGAUUGCUCGCCGCGCGAUGGUAAUGAAUGGUUGAUUGCGUUGGGUGGUUGA